AUGAUCCGUGCCUCCUCUGAGCGAGCGGUGGGCCGGCAUGGCGGGUCCACCGCAUUGCGCGCAACACUCUCCUGUGCGUCCCUCGCCUCAAGCGGGCUCUUCACUGAGACGUUGAUGUCCCGGCGCAGUUGCCGAAGCGCCUCGCUGUCGCCUACACCCCAGUCCCGAGGACACGGGAGGUGCUACUCACCAAGGCGUUUUGCUUCGCGGCACGUCCCAACUGCUGCCGAGGAGCUGGCACAGCAUAGCCAGGUCCUGGAGCCCUCUGUGAUCAAGCGCUUCGACGGUCUGAUGAGGCAUCUGAAGCGGAAUACGGACAAGCAAGACUUCGAGAAGCAGGUGCUGGCCUCGCCGCCGGAUGUCUUGGUGCCCGAGGAGUACGACGAAGUUCUCCGCGGAGAGUUUGCGCGGCACUGCAGCUUUGGCGAACGGCUCAACACGGAGCUGAUGCAUUCGGGGAAGUGGGUCAAGAUGCUCAAGGAGCUCGGUUUCGUGCCGGGACAAGGAAAGGCCAAAGGACCCUGUUUGUCGUCGCUGGCGGAUGCUGAUAUCAUCUUCCAGAGAGUGCUGCACGACACAGACUAUGGCGGCAAGCGACUGACCUAUGACUUCUUCUGCAAGGCCCUUUGCCUGGUCGCCGUGAACAUGUACCCAAACCUGGACUGGGAGGCCGCCAUGGGAGAGUUGCUGCAGCGCAUGGCUGCGGCGGCGGAGGAGUUUCAGGAGCAGUCGGGCUCGAACGAGCCAGCCGACUUCUCACUGGACCCAAACGUGUUGCUCGUCCUGGAUCACUUCAAGCCCAAGCUGCACGACCUCUUCAGUUCCUUUGCUCGGCGCCAGCUCCAAAAUCCGAUGGAUGCAAGGACUGGAACGGGCACAACACGCCUGAAAGAACGGUCAAUCUGGAAGCACACACAGGACACGAUUUUUGCUUCCAGGGCUUCCUCAAUGAUGUUAGGAGGUACCAUCAGGGAUGAUGUUGAUCCUCUCGAAAACCAGGAUGAAUCUAUGAGCCCUGGGCUCCCUGCUGUCAAGGAGGUGGAGGGGGAGGCCAAUGAAGCAGCCACUGAGGUGGCUCCGGAACCAGCCGAUGCAAGCCGGUCCGUCGUCCUGCAGGAUGGCCUGGAUCCCAAUCCGGAGGCCUCGCUGCCUCACCAGGUCGCCUCAGUCGCCUCGCCCUCCGGAAAUUCGCCCGAGCGGCGGAGGCGGCCACAGCUGCCCAGCGGUGCGCUUCAAGGACAGGGAAGCGGCUUUCUCAGCAAGUCCAUGGGCUCGGCCUCCGGACAAUCCCUGCUGGCUUGGGCUGAGCAUAAGGGCCUUUGCAGCCCGGUCAGCCCUGACAGCCGUAGGUCAACCAUGAGCAGCCGUGCUGGGAAAUGGAGCCCUGUCCAGGACCCCUACACCUAUGCCUGCGGAAGCCCAACCAUAAGGAAUCGACGGAGCUUCAUGUCUUUGGAGCAGCUCUUCGCGCUCUGCAAGGAGCUCAAGAUCAUGCCGGACUUGAUGAGCAGACAAGCUCUGGUACGGAUCUUCAAAAGAGCGCAGUGCGCAGGCUCUGCCAGCGCGCAUGGCGGCAGCAACUUUGGUUACCUGUCGCAGGAGGAUGACAAGGAGAUCCCUCCAACCAAACUGGUUACAUCAGAUGAGGUACUCCCUGCCAGCUCAUCCUCUGUGGCGCAUGAGCUCACAGUCGGAGCUCGUCCGCCGAAGGAGGAAUGCUUCACUUUCAGCGUAGACGUGGUGCGUUCACCGGGCACAAGCUUUGGCGUUGACAUAUCUGCAGCUGGAAAGGUUUGUAUGGUCAACGCGGUGCAGGCAGGCAGCCUCGUUGGAGACUGGAAUAACCAAUGCGCGCCUGAGCAUCGGAUCCGACAGUACGACCGCUUGAUGGCCUUCAAUGACGAUCGGCCGUCCAAAGGUAAGGAGAUGCUGGAGAAGCUGCGAGAUGCUUCAGGUCCAGUAACGAUUACAGUGCAGCGCCCCGUGGUGCAGCAGGUGACAGUCUCCAAGAGUGGAAAAGACUUGGGGCUUGGCGUGAUUGAUGGCCAGAGCUUUCUCCUUGUAACUCGAAUCGCAGAGGGUGCCAUCAACGACCACAAUCUGGCCGCCACUUCAGACCAGGUGAUUAAGGUGCCCAGCAGGAUUGUGACAGUGGAUGGCAAGAAAGGCUCUGGUGCCGAGCUGCUCAAGAUGAUGGAGACUUCACCGGCUGGCUUUACGGCUUUUGUGGAUGCCAUGGGACGGAUUGCGAUUCAGGCAUACACAGAGGAACCGUAUUGCGAUGAGUAUCCCGAGCCUCACGAGAAGAUUCUGGCCUUCCUGUCUGACCGGCUACCGGGGCAGAUCAGGGCAAUGCGCGAGAGCUUCCGCUAUGGCUGCAGUGGCCGGGGCCCUGCAGUAGCCCCCGGCUACAUCGGCCGGGGCCUCAGAGGCAUCGGCAAGGAGCAUGCACUUCCUUCAUCUUUUUUUGAGGUCGGCGCUGAAAGCAAAGCCGAAGGUAGCCAAGUAGACGAAAAGGCAGUGCAGCAGCUGAGGAUGAGAAGCCCAGGAUGA